AAUAAAUUUUUAUCUGAACCUAAACUCAAUUUGAGUCCCCAACUUGCCUAAACACAAUUUCAGAAUCCGCUCCGCUUGACGCCUUAUUCUUCUUCGAUUUUCCAUUGUAGACGGAGAUUGGCUCAAUUCAGAGUUGCCGCAACUCUUCACGCUCUAUCACGCCCUCCUGUAGUUUUCACGGGAGCAUCCAGAUGCAUUUGUAAGAAUGUUAUCAGUUUUAUGCUCUUUUCAAGCUGAGGCCUGAACUUGAAAGUUGAAACACACUAGACAUGAGUAAUGUGACCCAAGGUAGCAUCGAUACGGGGCAUAGUGAGUGUAAGAAACGCAAGGCAGUUGACGGGAUGGAAGGUGUUCUUGCUUUACUUAGUAAAAUGCACGAGGAUACAAUUGCUACACUACAACAUUUGUCUACUCGAAUCGGAUAUGAGGUUGAUUUAAGCAAAACGAGAAGGGAGUUGUUCAAUCUCUUGGGUAAUAUACCUGAUCUUUCACUCGAUGACAAAUUUGAUGUUUGUGAGACUCUUGGAGAAAAACCAGAGCUCCUUGAUCUGUUUAUGGGGCUGCCUGAUACUGUGAAACCUGCGUAUGUUAAGCAUGUUCUCAAGGAGAAGCGUCAGAAUAAGCAAGCUCUGUAAGCAAGUUUUGAUUGCAGCAUGCAGGAACACUUUUGGUUAUAUGUAUUUUGUUGGUGGUAGUUUUUUUGUGGUUACCGGAACUAUGAGAACUUAUGAUUUUCUGUAAAGAAUUAAGGUUGUGAUCUUUAUGUUAGUAUUUGAUUAAAAUCUA